CUCCAUUUUACACCCAUCCUUCUCUGUUUCUUGUUAUUGAAUGCUGCCUUUCUUGAACUAAUCCUCGUCUUCAUUCUCCUUUUUUUUCAUCAGAAAAAUUAAACUCCGAUCGUCCAAUCCAACAACCGCCGUGAUUAACUAGUAAACAGGGAUGCACGCUUGGCAACCAAUCGUCGCCGUGGUGGUAGCCACCGGAAUAUUCGUUCUCCUCCUCUUUUACUUCAUCCGACGCUUCUGCUGCCACCCCGAACAACAACCGCAAGAACAACCAAUCCAACGAGCAUCGUCGUUACAAAACGGGAUUUCUAAGCUUCAUAAUCAAGAAAGCAUUUACAGCAACAAACGCCGAACAAAUUACUAUGUUCUCCGACGUGGGAUUUCGUCAAAACCUCUGUUUAAUUGGUCGGACAAUCCUUCUCUUAUAACCGAUGCGGUGGAAAACGGAUGGUCACGAUUCGCAUUCAAAAACUUCACCUCCUCUCCUUCGAUUCAAUCAAACAAGUCUAUCCUGGGAUACUGCGCUCCCGCCGGUGACGGCGGAGGGAAAGACGUCGAAAUGGUGGAAAUCGGUUGGGAAGUUUGUCCAGGAUCCGCCGAUUUCAUACAAAAGAUUCGGAUUAAUUCUGGUUUACAGAAAAUCAUCAAGACGACCACUUCUUCAAUGGCGGCAACUUCCGUCAUUAGAUCGGCGUUGCCUUUACCUGGUCCGGCGUUGGGGAAUUCGUCGCCGUUCCCCCAAGAAGCCUAUUUUGAAAUUACCAUUUUGUCCAUCUACGAAGAUGAACACAGAAUCGAUAUAAACGGGAAAGUGAAGGCGAAUAAGGGAGAAGAGAAAAUUAAGCUAAUUCAAGAGAAUCUUGCCGGUGAAAAGGCUUCGUCGGAGUCGUUGAUUCAUAUUACAAGCAAUAACAAUAAUGGUAUGUUAAAAAGCCGAAGUGAUGGUAAGGAUACAGUUGAGGGGAAAACGGAAAUGGGUAUUGUGGUUUCGCUGGGCCUCGCCGGAGGAGGGUCGCUUCCGUUGAAGCUUCCCGGAAGUUAUCCGGGAUCCGUAGGCUUCAACUCCGACGGCUCUGUUUAUCUAGAAGGAGUUAAGCUAAUGACUGAUUCAGAAUCUAACGAAUGGGGAAUAACCGAGAAGGUGGUUGGUUGUGGGUACAACCCAAACCAGAAGAAAGUUUUCUUCACCGUAGAUUCAAAACUCGUGCAUGAAGUCCAUUGCAUGGCGGAUGAAUUUGAAACGCCACUUUAUCCAACAUUAGCAGCAAACACUGAUGUUACAGUGCUUGUAAAUUUUGGACAAAGUGUCUUUAAAUAUACACAAGCAAAUUUGCAUAGGACACCAAAUCCAUGUUUCAUUGGACCAUUGGGAAGUUCUCCGGUUUUAGGGUAUGAUGACAGCAAAGAGCUCUUUUCAAUGGGAAGAAUAGAUUCGCAUUGGUUAGAUCGAUCUGCAAAGAGAAGUGUACAAUAUUAUGGAAGUGUUAAUAGAGGAAUGUCUGAUUAUGAUGAAUCGUCUGAAGGGGAUUUGUUUGAAAUUGUGUUGGAUAAUAAUAGUCGUGGAAGAUCGCCAAACACACCUUUUUGAAGAAAAAUAUAAUGUAUAAUGCAUUUUUGUCGACGUCAUUGGUAGAUGUAAAUUGAUUUGUUAUAGGCUAAAAGUGGCUACAUAUUGAUUAAA